GGCUGUUAUUUAUCCAGCUCGAAGCUCAAAAUAAAUCACGUUUUUACGAAUCUCUGAGUUCCAUAGAUCGACAGGGAAAACUUUGAAGUGUUUCGUAGCGGGGACAGUUUAAACUCGAACAGAUCAUUGACAAUUCAACAAAAAGUCUGCGAAAAGAACCAUCAGCUUCUCCUAAGAAAUGAUGAACAACUCGAAUACAUCUUACAGAAUCAACGACACAACUGUAACUCCAGCAAUUUUCCAAGCAGCUCCGCAAAAGGAACGCUGGAUAGAAGCUCUAUAUUUCUUCCUUGCUAUCGCGGAGGUUGUCAUAGUGAUAACAGCACUGGUUGGUAACUUGAUUGUGGUGUACGCUUUCAUCGCAUACAAAAAACUUCGAGCCAGUGUCACAAACUACUUUGUGAUUUCACUAGCUGUUUCUGACAUACUCACAUCGGGUGUCGUAACUUCAUUCAAGGCUGAUUCCACCCUUAAAUAUCAAAGGUGGACGCACGGCGAGUUCAUGUGCAGUCUUUAUACCACCAUGUAUUUACUUGCCGUACCGAGCUCGGUUAUAAACCUGUGUGCUGUCACUGUGGACAGGUUUUUGGUGUUGAGGAUGCCUCUGCGAUACAACUCUCUUAUGCCGCCAAACAGAGCUGUCUUCAUAAUCUGCUGUCUCUGGAUCUACGCACUCGUUUGGGCGUGUCUGCCAGCCAUGGGGUGGAAGGUUAAUCUACCAGUCUUACAGCACGGCUAUUGCUACUUUAUGACUACACGAGGCUACAACGUGACGGUAAAUAUCGUCAAUUUUCUGUUACCAAUGAUAUUCAUGGCCAUAUUCUGGUUCUUCAUCUACGCAAUCGUCAUUCGGCACCGCGAGAGGGUUUUUGAAAUGGAACGAAACCUUUCUUUUAACACCAACGAGACAAACGAGUCGUCACACAACUCUUGUAACACACUCAGCAGUCACGCCGCCUCGUCGAGUCAGCUCGCACCAAAAGAGAAAACAGAAAGAAAGAAAAUGCGGCGAAACGUCCGAAGAUCACGCUACAUUGGUUUCAUUGUGGUGCUGUUUUAUUUCUGCUGGCUACCAUACGUAACACUAAGCAUGAUUGGUAACUUAUGCGGAUGGUGCAACGCGCAAGGACUUAUACCAUAUGUAUUGUACGACUCACUUCUAGCGCUGGGUUUUAUGAAUUCUGCGCUCAACCCAUUCCUGUAUCCAUUUCACGACAAACAUUUCAAAGAGGCGUUCAGGGACAUGUGGAAGAAAAUGGCAAGCAAGACUUUUGUCAAACUGUUAUCGCGAAGAGAGAAGGUCUUAGAGAUGGCGAGGGUAGAGGUUGCUGUGGCUAGCAGGAGAGGUUGACUGAGGACAAUAACAAAUAACAGUAACAAUAACAAUAACAGAAAAAAUAACAAUAACAAUAACAUUAACAAUAACGAUAAUGGUAACGAUAACAAUAACAAUAACAAUAACCGAAGGAAAGAUCAGCAAAAGGAAUAAAUAGCCUAAAGAAUUAGUUAAUCGUAGCUAAUAGUGAACCGUCGCAAUUCAAAGUACUCAUUGAAAUCAUACUGAAUAUUAUUAAUCGAAAUCACAUUAAAACUCACUAGAAAAUUGUCCAAAACCGAAUUGAAUUAGAUCUUGAAUUAAGAGUUUUCAAAUAGCACAGGAAUGUAAAUAUCAAGAAGAAAAUCCAAGCCAAACCUUUCAGAAGUUUUGGUGCGACCUUAAGUAGUCAUUAACCCCCGGGGGGUACUCCAGAAAAAUCAGGUAGGGGUGUGAGGCCUGCUUUCCAAACCCCUUACCCUAUUUAAGACCAUAAUCUGUGAUUUUCCCUACCCUAUUUAUGACCAGACCAAAUAUUUGAUAACCUAUUUAAGACCUAACCCUAAAAUCAAUACCCUGUUUCAGACCUGUCUAAUAAUUGGUGACCUAGUUCAGACCGAUGUUGAAGGCAUUGUGAAGGGCUUUGUUGAUGGUCUUAACGAUACUGAUGAAAAGUGGCUUCCUCUAAAAAAGAACCGAAUUCAAGGCAAGAGUGCAAAAAUCAUACCCUAUUUGAGAUCAAAAUGACCAAAAUCGAUACCCUAUUUCUGACCAAAACGGUUAAAAAACCAUACCGUCUGGGGUCGCACAUACCUAUAUAGCCCAUAUAAGGAAGUGCCUCCCCAACCCCCGCCAUGGGGCACCCGGGGCAUUAACGAAACGUUCUUAUAGCAAGAGCACGCAUGUGCAUCAGUCGACGCUGUUGCCGUUUUGUAUAUAACGACAAGACAUUGUGCAGUCUCUUGGGAGAUCUUGGAAGGACAAUAUUUGCACGUCCCCAAUUUCAGCGGAUUAAUCUUGUGCCAGAGUCAUUGUAUAGUAGCUUAACUUAAAUAUCACUGUAUAUAUUCGUUAUAAUUUAUCUGCAAAUGGUCAUUGGGCGACCAUCAGGAAGUCAGAAUUGAUUGCAGAAAUGUGUGAUUUGUCUGUGAAAAUGAGUUCGGCUUUUGAUGCGAUUAAAAAUUGAAAUGAGCAAGUAUGGUUCUUUUGCGACACUGUAUAAAAAUGUCAAAUUGCCAGUAAUUUAGAUCUCAACAAGCAGUAAGAAGUAAUUAGAUCUCAACAAGCAAUUGAGACAUUUGUACACUUACCGUUCCCAAAUCAGCAAUGGCUAAAUCCCUGGGACGUCACGUGCUUGCAGGAAAUCAUGAUAUUUAUAUUCAUAAAAACAAAGAUGAUUAAUACAACUACCAUGAUUCCCUGCAGGCACGUCUCAUGGAGGAAAUUGGCCAAUAGGCCAUUUCCGAAUUCCUUAAUCUUCUGCCUCUGUUUCACAACGAGGCUUCUUGCAAAACCUUUCAUAUAAAAAUCAGUUUGAUUUGUACGAAAAUGAACCUACACAUAGGCGGAACACGUACAUUUCCAUAUGAAUGGUUUCGCACGUAGACUCAUUUUGACAAAGAGGCAAAAGCCAACUCGGAAAUGGCCAAUUAAAAGCCUUGAGUACUGUCCUUAUAUCGUCACUGACCUGAUCUGGUCACGUCAUAGCCAUAUGUAGGCCGCUGGUUCCAAGAUUCCUACGCAUUGCCGUGAUUUCGAAGGUGAUUCCGAAGAAACGAAUGUGGUCGAACGAUUUUUUUAAAACUUUCCCUGAAUGUUCCCUGCUAAAAAUACAAUAAAAACGAUGGGUCAUCAUGCUCGCAAAAGAGAUAUUUUUCAGCCAUUUGUGCCUAAUAUCACAUGCGUUAUUUCGCUGGUGCGCGUUACAUUUCGCGGUAGCAAGAAAGAACUGUUACUGAUCUAAGAUUAACGAGAAUAUGAAGAUGUCUUCACACGAUCAAGUUCAGCAUCGUUUCAAUGGUCUUUGCAAGAUGGCGGACACGGCGAAAAAAUCCACGAAAUCCAUCCUCUCCAUGUCCGCCAUCUUGGAAAGAUCUUGGGAACGAGGUUGCUGAGUGAAAUCUAACUUGGCUCCCAGGCUUCUUUCACUGCAUUGAACUGCACUGCACUGCACUGCACUGCACUGCACUGCACUGCACUGCACUGCACUGCACAGCGCUGCGUUGCAAUGCACUACACUUAAUUCACUACUCUAUUAAUCUUUGCAUUGCUCCUUCACUACUCGGACACAACGCCUCCCAGAGAUCGUCAAUGAGUUUACUAUUUUCAGUUGAAUAGACUCCAAUCAGCCGUCAGAUCCCGUUGUUCGUAGGCUGGAUAACGCUAUCCACCGGGUAAAUCGUUAUUCAGUGGAUAAGUGUUACCAAAACAUAGCCACGUUAUCCGCUGGAUAGUGAUUUAUCCCGUGAAUAGCGUUAUCCACCAUUCAAAUAACUCGGGCCAGGCCGGAGAUCAUGACAAGCAGAGCUUAAUAUAGACAUUACACGUAACAAAUUUAUAACAACCUUCUUCGACCAAUUAUGGAAAAAUACACGCGGGCUGGUGGAUCAAGUUUGACUAAAACAUUUAUUUACAAGUCAUAUAAUAUACAUUGCAGGCAAUAUUUCAGUGGGCUCGGCAGAACAGAGUAUUUACACUGAAAGAAAUAUUUGAGUACCACCGAGACAAACUAAACUUGGUCUCAACUAGUAAGAA